CCAGCAAUUUCAUCCACUCAAUAAUUACUGUCCACUCUCUCUCUCUCUAGAGAUGGCAACUUUUUCUUUUCCAGAGAUGCUUUUGCUUUCUCUUGUUAUGGGUUCUUUCAUUGCUGCAUCGGCUGGUGAUUUCCACCAAGAGUUUGAACUGACGUGGGGUGACGAGCGUGCUCAGAUACUGGAUGGAGGAAAGCUUCUUACACUUACUCUUGACAAGACCUCUGGCUCAGGCUUCAGGUCCAAGAGCGAGUAUCUAUUUGGAAGAAUAGACAUGCAAAUCAAGCUUGUCUCUGGCAACUCCGCCGGCACCGUUACUGCUUUCUAUCUAUCAUCUGAAGGGCCAAACCACGACGAGAUAGACUUUGAGUUCUUAGGUAACUUAAGUGGAGACCCUUACAUUUUGCAUACUAAUGUCUACAGCCAAGGGAAAGGGGACAGAGAGCAACAGUUCUACCUAUGGUUCGACCCAACUAAGAAUUUUCACACCUAUUCCAUUGUUUGGAAUCUGCAAAGAAUUAUCUACAUGGUCGAUAACAUUCCUAUCAGAGUAUUCAACAACGAAGAAUCCUUUGGGGUUCCCUUCCCCAAGAACCAGCCCAUGAAGCUUUACUCAAGCCUGUGGAACGCAGACCAAUGGGCAACGAGGGGCGGGCUAGUGAAAACAGAUUGGUCCAAGGCUCCUUUCAAGGCCUACUUUCGGAAUUUCAAUGCAAACGCCUGUGUAUGGUCGAAUGGAGAAUCCGAUUGUGCGUCAAAGACAUCUGGUUCUCUUAUAAACAAUGUUUUGCGGACUCAAGCGUUGGAUGCGAGCGGCAGGAGAAGACUUAGAUGGGUUCAAAAGUACUUCAUGGUCUACAAUUAUUGUACAGAUUUGAAGCGAUUUCCUCUGGGUCGUCCCCGUGAGUGUAGGCGUUCUAGGUUCCUCUAAGGCAGAAACUAUAUUGCUCAAAUUACCUUGUCAGCUAUAACGCCAUAUAUAUAUAUAUAUAUAUAUAUAUAUAGAUAUAUAUAUAUAUGUUGUUAUUCAAGACUUUGGACAUUUGUUCGACUUCAUUAUCUAUGAGAUACUGGCAUUCAUGGCAUAUGACAAA